GAGAUGCAGAAUGCAAGCAUUGCUAAAAGCUCUAGUUCCCUCUGUACCGAAAAGGACUGAUGUAGGCUAAUGUGACUGACAAGAAUAAGGAGGCGAAGUGAAACAUAAAAGGCGACCAGUAAGAAAAAGGACUUGCAUUUCCAGUGCUGUCGAAGAUCAGGAUGGCACUGGAAGACUACAACUAUAGUUACAACUUAAACUACAAUUACACUGAUGACUAUACAAAUGACGACUGUGAUAACGAACAUGUCAUCCAAUUUGGUGCCGUAGCUACUCCAGUCGUCUUCUUUGCAGUGACGGUCCUCAGCCUCAUUGGAAACCUGCUGGUGAUUGUGAUCCUGCUCAAGUAUGAAAACCUCAAGUCCAUCACAAACUGCUUCAUCUUCAACUUGGCUCUGUCAGACCUCAUGUUCACCUUUGGAUUACCCUUCUGGGCAUACUAUCAUUUGGACCAGUGGGUGCUUGGAGACUUCACCUGCAAAGCUGUCAAUUUUGUGUUUUACGCAGGCUUCUACAACAGCUCUUUGUUCUUGACUGUAAUGACUCUGCAAAGGUACAGGGCGGUGGUGUAUCCUCUGUCUGACCGGGGUGAGAAACGCACAUGCUUAGCUCUGAGUUUGUCAGUCUGCAUUUGGGUCGUCAGCUUUGCUGCAGCAAUGCCGGCAACAUUACGUAACAAGGUACAGGUGCAUUACAACGUGACUCGCUGUAUUUAUGAUGAAAUUAAUUGGAGACAUGCUGCGACAUAUCAACAAAAUGUAUUUUUCUUCCUUGCCUUUGGAAUUAUGUGGUUCUGUUAUUACAGAAUACUGAAGACAAUCCUGAAUUCACCGUCACGUAAGAGAAUUCGGACAGUGAAACUGAUUUUUGUCAUUGUGGUUGUGUUUGUGCUAGGGUGGGCACCAUACAACAUAGUGAUAUUCCUCAGGACCUUUGCAGAUCGUUACCCUUUCAAUGAGUGUGACGUCAGUAUAAACCUGGACUAUGCUUUCUAUGUUUGCCGACUAAUAGCCUUCUCAAAUUGCUGCCUCAAUCCUGUGUUCUACGCCUUCGUUGGAGUAAAGUUUAGAAAACACCUGAAAGUGAUUUUUCACAAGAUCUCACCGCCACCACAUGCCAGUCUGGAGUCUCAGCGCACCAGAAUGAUGGUCAUGCCAUCACAAGGGUCUAUGUACUAGCCAGUGUGCCACCACUCAAGGAGAGCCUGAUUAAGCCCCAUUUUUCGUGGUUGG